AUGCUCAGAACGGACAACAAAACCGGAGAUUUCUACCUCACCCACGCUGACCUCCUCUCCUACUUCCACAACCACCGCGAAGAUACAAAUGUCCCUACCCCACCCUUCCUCAACGACCCUGACAAUAUGCCCAGCAUAACAAUGAACCUGUCGGAUUUACCUUCUAUUUCCGACCCCUUACCUUCCAUCGACCUCCUCCCUUACCUCCUCGUCUACACACGCUGCCCAGACGUCGUCUUCCGCACGUGGGGUCCACCCAUCGUGCACGACCGCAUCUACAAGUUCUUCACCGAGCUCGUGAUUCCGCGGCGCGCCUUCUGGACGCGCUGCGUUGCGGAUAAUCUUGGGAUACGGGAGGUGAGGAUCUUCUGUGAGUGGGAGCGCACGGUGGAUAUCGUGUUGGAUCCUGGAAGUAGGUGGGCGCGGGAUUGGAAUUGUGUGCCGUGGAUUGAGUGGGAUAAGGUUAGUAAAGUGAGGGUUUUUACGCUUUGUCUGGGGUUGAAUGUUAAUAGGGCGUUUGGGUGGGAGGGGCAUGUUGUUGUUGGGAGUGUGGAGGGGUAG